AUUUAAAUAGUGGAGUAGGGUGUUAUUUUGUGAGUGUAGGGUUAGAUGGUAGAUGGUAGGGUAUUUAAAUAGUGGAGUCGAGUGGUGGGUUUGCACUGCAAAAUUACUGCAGUAAAUGUGUUAUAUUUUGAAUGCUGUAUAACUGCACUCUAACUGCAAUAUUUUUUCGUACGGAAGGUGGCGGCAAUGCAACAUGUAUUAGGUGCCAAACGCGGUUAAACCUAAUCGAAGAAGAAGUUGUAUUGUUUUGAUCCGUUGAAGUCGCACAAAGCCGAAAUACCGUUUGUCUGCAGUGAUGAAGACCUCCCAGGCAGCGGAGACAGAAGGCGAUAAGAUCACUUCCUGGGUGUCUGUGUGCCCCAGGGGCUUGUGGGAGGUUUGUCAGAGGAGGAAACGAGGGGCGGAGCCAACUGACCCCUCUGGAGAUGUCUACCCCGGGAUUGGCUCUCUGUGUCAGGUCAGAGUUCAACGCCAAGGAGAACCUACAGCUGACCCGGAGCUGUCACUCAAACCUGACCUGCCAAUCGCAGUCCUUUCAGAUGCCCAGGUCCCACCCCUACAGCGCUCCCAGGGUACCAUGCUGCAGGUCCCGCUUGGUGAUUGGAUCAUUCUGAGGCUGGGGGAGGGGCAGUGUGACAUCACAGAGGGGUGUGUGGAGGGGAUGAGAGCUGGAGAGAAGUGUGAGGUCAUGCUGACUCCACUAACAGACCGACUCCGGGGAGGAGAAGAGGAGCAGAAGAGAGCAGGCCCUGACCAGUCCCUGUGUAUAACAGUAGAGCUCCAGUCCUUCUCUCCUGGCCAUGAGUCCUGGCAGCUGUCAGCUGGAGAGAAGUGGGGCUGGGUGAUGUCACACAAGCAGAGGGGGGGAGACAGGUUUAGGGCGGGGGACAUGUGGGGGGCGGCAGACAGCUACAGCCGAGCCAUCAAACUCCUCAUCACCCUAAAACUACACACCCGGGGAGAAGGGGAGGAGAUGACUCCGAUAGAGGAGGAGGAGGAGGAUGAGGAGACGGAGAAGAAAGAUAGCCUAGAGGCCCCUACAGAUCGUCAGUACCGUUCCACCAAGGCCUCUCUCUACUCCAACCUAUCCCUAUGUCAGCUCAAACUGGGCCAGUGGUCCCGGGCCAGAGGGUGCGCCUCCAGAUCCACGCUGCUGGAGCCCCAAGGGCUGAAGGCCUGGUACCGCCUUGGGCAGGCCAACCUGGAGGCAGGGGAGCUGGAGGAGGCCGACAGGGCCUUCAGGAAACUACAGGAGCUCCAGCCUGACUCUCCCUCCGCCCUGAGAGGACUGAGAGAGGUGGGGAGGAGGGAGCGAGAGACAAAUAGCAGACUGGGACAGAGACUCGGCAAGAUGUUCAGCUGAAGAGGGAGAGUGAGAGAGGACUGAUAGCCAACUGGGACAGGGACUGAGUCAAAUGUUCAGGCAAGAAGGAGAGGGUGACAAUUAGCAGACUAUUUUUUCAUCCACAAAUAGUCUUAGGCGGCGUUUAUAUAAGUAGCCCAAUUCUGAUAUUUUUUCCAAUAUUGGUCUUUGACCAAUCACAAGUAAAAUAAAUAUCAGAAUUGGGAUGUCUGUGUAAAUAUGGGCACUGGAUUAUGGGAUUUAAGUGUCAGUCAUUUUUUAUUUUUUAUUUUAUUGAACUGUUAAGACACUGGAGCUGUUCUACAAAAUACAUGUAAGAAGUGGUAUAGAAAUUAGCUGGAAUUAUGGGUAAGACGGCUUUUCACAAACUCUGUCCUGGGGACGCCAAGAGCUACACAUUGAGGUUUUUGCCCUAGCACUACUAAUUCAAAUAAUCAAUGUUUGACGAUGAGUUAGUUAUUUGAAUCAGCUGUGUAGUGUCAGGGCACCCCAGUUAGAAACGCUGAGGCAGGAUUAGGGUUGUAAAGGGAGGGUACAACACAAAUGAGUGGCUACUCUGACAAAUCAGUCUGGUCUUGACAUCAAACAAACAACAGCCCAGGCCAAUGAUACGGGGAAAAUAGAUUGUACAUCUUAGGAGGAGAUAUCUAUGUGUAUCUAUCUACACACACGUACAGUUGAAGUCAGAAGUUUACAUACACCUUCGCCAAAUACAUUUAAACUCAGUUUUUCACCAUUCCUGACAUUUAAUCCUAGUAAACAGUACCUGUCUUAGGUCAGUUAGGAUGAUCACUUUAUUUUAAGAAUGUGAAAUGUCACAAUAAUAGUAGAGAGAAUGAUUUAUUUCAUUCUCAGUGGGCCAAAAGUUUACAUACACUCAAUUAGUAUUUGGUAGCAUUGCCUUUCAAGUGUUUAACUUGGGUCAAACGUUUCGGGGUAGCCCGUUUCGGGCCCAUUCCUCCUGACAGAGCUGGUGUAACUGAGUCGGGUUUGUAUAGGCCUCCUUGCUCACACACGCUUUUUCAGUUCUGCCCACAAAUUUUCCAUAGGAUUGAGGUCAGGGCUUUGUGAUGGCCACUCCAAUACCUUGACUUUGUUGUCCUUAAGCCAUUUUGCCUCAACUUUGGAAGUAUGCUUGGGGUUAUUGUCAAUUUGGAAGAAAGAUGAACGUGGUACCUUCAGGCGUUUGGAACCAGACUUGUGGAGGUUUACACAUUUUUUUCUGAGGUCUUGGCUGAUUUCUUUUGAUUUUCCCAUGAUGUCAAGCAAAGAGGCACAGAAGUGGGCUUUGAAAUACAUCCACAGGUACACCUCCAAUUGACUCAGAAGAUGUCAAUUAGCCUAUCAGAAGCUUCUAAAGCCAUGACAUUUUGGGGAAUUUUACAAGCUGUUUAAAGGCACAGUCAACUUAGUGUAUGUAAACUUCUGACCCACUGGAAUUGUGAUACAGUGAAAUACUAUAUCUGUAAACAAUUGUUGGAAAAGUUACUUGUGUCAUGCGCAAUGUAGAUGUCCUAACCAACUUGCCAAAACUAUAGUUUGUUAAAAAUAAAUUUGUGGAGUGGUUGAAAAAUGUGUUUUAAUGACUCCAACCUAAGUGUAUGUAAACUUCUGACUUCAACUGUUCAUACAUACACACACACACACACACACACACUACACACCACACACACACACACACACACACACACACACACUACCGGUCAAAAGGUUUUAGAACGCCUACUCAUUAAAUGUUUUUGAUUUAUUUGACUAUUUUUCUACAUUGUAUCAUUAAUAGUGAAGACAUCAAAGCUAUGAAAUAACACAUGGAAUAAUAUAGUCUAAAAAAGUGUCAAACAAAUCAAAAUAUAUAUUUUAUAUUUGAGGUUCUUCAAAUAGCUACCCUUUGCCUUGAUGACAGCUUUGCACACUUUUGGCAUUCUCUCAACCAGCUUCACCUGGAAUGCUAUUCCAACAAUCUUGGAGUUCCCACAUAUGCUGAGCACUUGUUGGCUGCUUUUCCUUCACUGUGCUGUCCUACUCAUCCAUAACCAUCUCAAUUUGGUUGAGGUCGGGGGAUUGUGGAGGCCACAAUGGUAAAAUAGCCCUUACACCGCCUGGAGGUGUUUUGAGUCAUUGCCCUGUUGAAAAACAAAUUAUACUCCCACUCAGCCCAAACCAGAUGGGAUGGCAUAUCGCUGCAGAAUGCUGUGGUAGCCUUGCUGGUUAAGUGUGCCUUUAAUUCUAAAUAAAUCACAGACAUUGUCACCAGCAAAGCACCCCCCACACCAUAACACCACCUCCUCCACGCAUAAUGGUGGGAACCACACAUGCAGAGAUCAUCUGUUCACCCACACCGCGUCUCACAAUGACACGCCGGUUGGAACCACAAAUCUCCAGUUUGGACUCCAAACCAGAGGAUACAUUUCCACCAGUCUAAUGUCCACUGCUCGUGUUUCUUGGCCUAAACAAGUCUCUUCUUAUUAUUUGUGGCCUUUAGUAGUGGUUUCUUUGCAGCAAUUCGACCAUGAAGGCCUGAUUCACACAGUCUCCUCUGAGCAGUUGAUGUUGAGAUGAGUCUGUUACUUGACCUCUGAAGGAUUUAUUUGGGCUGCAGUUUCUGAGGCUGGUAUCUCUAAUGAACGUAUCCUCUGCAGCCGAUAAGCAGACAGUUUCAUCAUAGCGCUUGGUUUUUGCGUGGUUUUUUGCGACUGCUUUUGAAGAAACUUUCAAAGUUCUUGAAAUGUUCUGUAUUGACUGACCUUCAUGUCUUUAAAAAAAUGAUGGACUAUUGUUUCUCUUUGCUUAUUUGAGGUGUUCUUAUAAUAUGGCCCAAAUAGGACCAUCUUCUGUGUCACAACUGAUUGGCUCAAACACAUUAAGAAGGAAAGAAAUUGUGCAAAGUCCAAAGCUGCCAUCAAGGCAAAGGGUAUCUAUUUGAAGAAUCUCAAAUAUAAAAUAUAUUUUGAUUUGUUUAACACUUUUUUAGUAGUUAUUUUGGUUCCUAUGUGAUUCCAUAUAUACAGUGGUGGGAAAAGUACUUGAGUAAAAGUAAAGAUGCCUUUUAAUAGAAAAUGACUCAAGUAAAUGUGAAAGUCACCCAGUAAAAUACUAUUUGAGUAAGAGUCUACAAGUAUUUGGUUUUAAAUAUACAGAAGUAUCAAAAGUAAAUGGGAUUGCUAAAAUAUAUUUAAAUAUCAAAUGUAAAAGUAUGAACUAUUUCAAAUUACUUAUAUUAACCAAACUAGACGGGACAAUUUAAUUGUUUUAUUUUAUUGACUGAUAGCCAGCCUCCCAACACUCAGACAUAAUUUACAAAAUAAGCAUGUGUUUAGUGAGUCUGCCAGGUCAGAGGCAGUAGGGAUGACCAGGGAUGUUCUCUUGAUAAGUGUGUGAAUUGGAAAAAAAUUCUGUCAAAAUGUACUGUACUUUUGGGUGUCAGGGAAAAUGUAUGGAGUAAAAAGUACAUUUUCAUUAGGAAUGUAGUGAAGUAAAAGUUGUCAAAAAAUGUAAAUAGUGUAGUAGUAUAGAUACACCAAAUUACUUAAGUAGUACUUUUAAAGUAUUUUACACCACUGUCCAUAUGUGUUAUUUCAUAGUUUAUCUUCACUAUUAUUCACUAUUUUUUCCUCAAUCUACACACAAUAUCACCUAAUGACAAAUUUGCAAAUAAAACCCGUAUUCAGA